AUGUUCGCCUAUCUCUUUUGUAUAUUCAGAUUUGCUAAUUCUCGCAGAGGAGCAGGGAUGGCAGGGAUCAAGGCUGCUGAAACUUUGUCCAAUGCAUCGAUCCAUGAUUUUAUCAUUCUAGAAUACCGUGACACAAUUGGAGGUCGCGCUUGGCACACGAAUUUUGGCAAGGACGAAAAUGGAGACCCUUAUGUUGUGGAGCUGGGUGCCAACUGGGUAUGUUAUUCCUCGUUUUACGUCGAACCAACCAACCACUCUGACGUUGAACAGAUCCAAGGCAUUGGAACCCCAGAUGGGCCACAGAACCCUAUCUGGACACUAGCCAAAGAAUUCAACCUCAAGAAUACAUUUUCCGACUAUGACAACGUCUCCACUUACAAUGAGAACGGAUAUUCCGACUACUCGCAUCUCUUCGAUGAGUUUGACGCCGCCGACGAAAUUGCCAAUGCCGCGGCCGGCACAAUUCUACUGGAAAAUUUACUAGAUCAAACAGCUCAGACAGGGCUCGCUUUGGCUGGCUGGAAACCCAAAAAGACCGACAUGGAGGCGCAGGCUGUUGAAUGGUGGAAUUGGGGUAAGUCUGCUUCCACCUUCAACAGGAAUGAAAUUAACAGCGCAGACUUCGAGGACGCUUAUUCACCACUCGAGAGCUCUCUGGUAUUUGGCUACGCCGGGAGUAACUUGACCUGGAAUGGCUUUAGCGACGAGGACAAUUUCGUAUUGGAUCAGCGCGGAUACAACACCAUCAUCAAGGGCAUGGCUGCGAAAUUCCUAAAGGCGAACGAUCCGCGGCUCCGUCUGAACACGCAAAUCACCAACAUCACUUAUUCCGACAAAGAGGUGACGGUGUACAACAGUGAUGGGACUUGUGUGCAAGCCCAGUAUGCCCUGUGCACAUUUUCCCUGGGAGUGCUGCAAAAUGACGCUGUCACCUUCACGCCGGAGCUGCCGUACUGGAAGCAGACGGCAAUUCAGAAGUUUACCAUGGGCACUUACACCAAGAUCUUCCUUCAAUUCAACGAGACCUUCUGGCCCUCAAACACACAGUACUUCUUGUAUGCGGACCCUAAGCUGCGUGGAUGGUAUCCCAUCUGGCAAUCAUUGUCAACACCUGGUUUCCUCCCGGGAUCCAACAUCCUCUUCGUCACCGUCACCAACGAGUUCUCCUACCACGUCGAGAACCAGUCCGACGAGGAGACCAAAGCCGAGGUGAUGGCAGUGCUGCGCAAGAUGUUCCCGGACAAGGACGUUCCAGAGCCGACUGCAUUCAUGUAUCCUCGCUGGAGUACCGAGCCCUGGUCAUACGGAAGCUACUCCAACUGGCCCGCCAGCACCGGUCUGGAGGAACACCAGAAUCUGCGCGCCAAUACAGGCAGACUAUGGUUUGCAGGAGAGCACACGUCACCAAGCUACUUUGGGUUCCUGCACGGGGCCUACUUCGAAGGUCUCGAUGCCGGACGACAGAUUGCGGCGCUCUUGCAAGGCCGCUGCGUCUAUUAUAACUCGACGAUGGAAAGGCUAUGCGGGCCUCGCAGGCAUUUCGAGACGCUGCAUGGAAUCACUCCGCUGGCUGAUUAUAGUGCAGUCAAUGGCUGGAUUUCCAACAGUUUCUAUGAUUACAAUGAUGAAUAG